AUUUCAGAAACAGAUCUAAAGCUAUCAUUCCCUUCAAUAAUUUUGACAAGAAAUAUGUCAUUAGAGACCAUACAGACCUGAAAACAAUGAAAAAUGACAAUUCAAAGUCACAUCAAAUGGAGAAAUUAUCACGACGUGUAAUUAUUUCGGUGUAAUCCUCAAUUUGGCAUUCUAGUUUUAAUCAAAAUGUCUACUAAACCAAGUAUGCCAGGACUUCCCCCUGGAAUGCCUGAUCCUGAGGCUAUCUUUCAGUCUUGGUGGCCAAUUAUUAUUGCAUUAGUAGGCGGACUGUUCUAUGGAAUUAGACAGUACUUCAGGGGUGCUAGGUGUACUAGUGAGUUGAAAUUAGAGGAUAAGGUAGCAAUAGUUACCGGAGGCAAUGGUGGUAUUGGCAGAUAUAUUGUUGAAGACUUUGCUAAAAGAGGAGCAAGAGUUUAUAUUGCUUGUGUUAGUGAUGGGGAAGCUGUUGUUAAAGAGGUGAAAGAGAAGACAAAAAAUGAGAAGAUAUUUGCAAUAAAAUGCGACCUAUCAUCUCUUAAGUCUGUGCAAAGUUUUGUGGAUGCUUUUAAAAAGAAGGAGGAUAAGCUUCACUACCUUAUCAACAAUGCCGGAGUUAUGAUGGCACCAAAGAGUAUCACAGAUGAUAAGUUUGAGUAUCAUUUACAAGUGAACUAUUUAGGUCAUUUCUUCCUAACACAUCUACUGUACGAUACGCUGAAACAAUCAGCACCGUCCAGGAUAAUGAAUACAACAGCCCCGGCUUAUCAGUUAGCCGAGCUGGACUUUGAAGACAUCAACUUUGAGACGAAGGAAUAUGUCCCUUCAGCUGCCUACGCCCAGAGCAAGUUAGCUGUUGUCUUCUUUACCAAAGAGUUUGCCAAGAGAUUCCCCGUUGAAGAUGUUGGUGUUACUAUGAACUGUAUUAUACCAGGGGUUGUUCGUACCAAAAUUCAUCGUCAUAUGCCAUUCCGUCAGAGUGCGUUCAUCAACCUGACAUUUGCACCGUUCAUGUGGUAUAUGAUGAAGCACCCAGAGGAUGGGGCUCAGACCACUGUAUUCUGCACCCUAGCUGAUGCUCUAUCCAAAGUUUCUGGAUUUCUGUAUAAGUAA